AGCCUGGACGGCGUGAAUGGCAACCAGGAAGGGCAGGUAUUCGGCUUUCGCGAUCCAUGGUGUCUAGCUGGCGUAGGAGGCAGUGGAAGCGUUCGAAGAACGGGCAAACGAGAGCUCUUGACGCGAAAACGUGGGCCCAGGGCGCUUUAUGAUUAAGUCUCGAGCCCUGCGGCGGAGUCCUUGGCAGGCGCACAAGGGGCGUCUGCCGAGCGUUUGCCCAGCUCGGCCCAAGGCUCCGCCAACAAAUCUUUUCCGAGCUUUGCCCUCGCAUCAAAUCCUUAUCCUUCUGCUCCGCCAAUGGGACGCCUCGAGAGACGCAUCGUGGUCUUCCGCCCAGUGUCCGCCAAGCUCUGUGCGCGCGCCAGGCAAAAUGGGCAUGUAGGGAACCGCGCAGAGCCCACGUUCUCAGAUUCGAAG